AUGCCGUCUACACCUCACGGGUACAUACGGCAAGAGUCUGACAUUGAGGACCCCUCUGAUAGUGAUGAUGAAAGUGAUGUCUAUGAUGACGGCCCUAGUGGGGACUUUGUGGAUCCCUCAAUGGUGCAGAAGGACGGCUUUUGUCAACGGCUGUGUAGAUGCUUAUGUCCUCGGAGGAAAGUGAAGGAGACGGGCUUCCGACUGGUCCGCACUGACGACCGACGAACUAAUAGACCCAUCGUUGUUGAUGAAGAUGGGGAAAUGAAGUUCCUACGGAAAGUAUCUAAUGUUGUUGCAAGCACGAAGUACACUGUGAUGUCGUUUGUGCCUCUGGUGUUCGCUCAGCAGUUCAAGUUCUUCUUUAACUUUUUCUUCCUGGUUCUAGCGGUGACACAAUCAUUGCCGCCGCUACGGGUUGGGCCGUUAUUCACUUAUAUCGGACCUCUUGUAUUCGUCUUGUUGUGUACUAUGUUGAAGGAAGCGAGUGAUGAUAUCAAACGGUGGCGUCGUGAUAAGGCAGUGAAUAGCAAGAAGUAUACGAGGGUCAACACGGCUGUCGGAGAUCUUGAGAAAGUCGCCAGCGCUGAUAUUAAGGUUGGAGAUGUUCUCCAGGUCCUCACCAAUGAGCGGGUCCCAGCAGAUAUGAUAUUAUUACGGACGGAAUUUGGGGAGCAGGAGGGAAAGAACGGCCAAACCUACAUACGAACAGAUCAACUCGAUGGAGAGAAGGACUGGAAGCCUAGGAAGGCCCCCUCGUUGACCCAGGAUCUCGAGGGAUGGAGAGAUCUCUGUGGCGAUGUCCAGAUAUGCGCUAAGGUGGAGGCGCCUCAGAUGAGCAUCUACAAAUUCCUUGGUCGACUAUCUCUUCGUAAACUUGGUGAUAAUGAUGUCCAGAGUGAAGCCUUGGGCCUUGAAAACACCCUAUGGGCGAAUACUGUGGUCACGCAUGGGCCAGUGUACGGUCUAGUAGUGUAUACUGGAGUGGACAGUCGUACUGUUAUGAGCUAUGAUGACAACGCAUCUGAUGAUAAGACGUGCUUACUAGAUAAGCAAGUCGACUUCUGUGCUAAGGUAUGUUUUGCUGUACUAAUAGGCUUGUCAUUCAUGUUGGUACUUUGCCGUGGCCUUCGAGGACAGUGGUGGAUAUUUCUAUUACGGUAUAUCGUCCUACUAUCAUAUAUCAUUCCUAUUUCCCUUCGUGUUAACCUCGAUAUGGCGAAGACCCUUUAUGCCAGUAGGAUCGGUAGCGACUCUAAGAUUCCUGGUACUGUUGCUCGGAACUCAGCUAUUGUGGAGGACCUUGGUACGAUAGACUACGUGUUGACUGAUAAGACGGGCACUCUAACGAAGAACGACAUGGUUUUCAAAAAACUCAGAGUUCCUGCAGGAGAAUACAGCAGCGAUGCUGAUACCCAACAGAUUUCUAUGGUAUGCCAUUGA